AUGCAGGGCUUCUCAACCGGCGAUGCCGCAAUCCCGACUGUCGAGCAGCUCAUCGCUCGUCAGAAUGGCUCAUUCCUUCAGCUCACGCACCGCGAGAUCCCCGGUACAAGCGUCCGAAUCAAGCGUCAUGCUCCUCGCCGCGAGAGAGAAGCCUACAAGCAGCUUAAGGAGGGUGAGGUGGACCCUGAAGCCUUUUGUGACGAUACCGUGGCCAGCUGGACGGGUUACAUAGACACGAUAGACGGCAAGUCCCUCUUUUUCUUCUUCUUCGAGUCGCGCUCCAACCCGGAGAAGGACCCAGUCGUAUUCUGGACUAAUGGCGGGCCUGGAGGUUCAUCGGCCCUGGGGCUCUUCAUGGAGCUUGGGCCCUGCCGUGUGCCGCUGGAGCACCGAGAGGGGGCACCUAUCAAUGGAACUGUGCACUUCGAGUACAGCUGGAACAACCGUGCCAACGUCAUCUUCGUGGAACAGCCAGCCAGCGAGAAGAAGAAUGGCGGUGUCGGCUACUCGUACAGGCGCUUUGGCCCGCCUGUAUCCACUACGGAUCAGGCUGCCGUCGAUGUCUACCACUUCUUGCGCAUCUUCUUCAGUGCAUUCGACAAGUUCAAGGACAAUGACUUCCAUUUGGCUGGAGAGAGCUACGGCGGGCACUACAUACCCCGCUUCGCCACAGAGGUCAUGGACCGUAACCAGCGUGUGACGGACGCUGCUCGUAAGGCUGGCGAGAAGCCGGAUGAGUCGAAGCUCAUCAACCUCAAGAGCAUCGUUCUAGGCAACCCAAUCGUCGACAAUCUCGAUCAGCGCUUCUCCUUCUAUUCCGUCGCUUGUACCAAGCAAGCGGGGUACGGCAGGCCGCGCCUCCCCAUCUCGACCUGCAAGCAAGUCUAUCAAGACACGCAACGCUGCAUGAUCAACAUCAAGAAAUACUGCUACGACUCCUUCAGCGAGACGGACUGCCGCGCGCACCACGAGUACUGCGAAGAUCACGUCGGAUGGGGCGUGUGGGUUGACCAGUUUCACCUCAACCCUUACGACGCAAGCGACGAUUGCAAAGCAGGCUUCGAGCCUGACUUGUGCUACGCCGAGUCGGGGGCGAUUGCUCGUUACCUUGACCGCGAGGACGUCCGCUCCCUCCUUGGCGCCAGGUCACGAAAUGAGUCGGGCACAUAUGCCGUCUCGAGCUCCGAGGUUGCGGAGAACUUUCAGGCUUCUUUCGACGCUUUGCGAUCCAGCAAGCAGUACGUUGCCGGGCUGCUAGAGCGCGACUUGCGAGUGCUGGUGUAUGUGGGGUCGUACGACGUUGUAUGCAACUGGAUCGGGAAUUUGGAGUGGGUGAACAAUCUCGAGUAUGAGGGGGCGAUUGACUUCAAGAAGGGCCUCACGGGGUGGAUGGAGGGUGGCAAGGAGGUCGGGCUGACUGCUACGGGAGGCAACCUCACAUACGCUACUGUCACCGGUGCAGGCCACAUGGUGCCCUUCAAGAAGCACCACGCAAAGAGUGCCCUCGCUAUGAUCAACCGCUGGCUCGAUGGGCAGUCGCUCUGA